CUCUCAGAGCUGGGAAGGAGGCUCUAGAUGGCGGCUGUGCCUUAGAGAGAGCGCGCUCUGCUCCCUGCCUUCGCCUCACUUUACGCAACUUUCCCUAACUUUCAGGCAGCCUCAGGGGGCCCCCGCAGCCCCCUGCCUGUCCUAGUGACUUACUGGGGUCGAUUCGAACCUUUUUUAGGGAGAAAAGCAGCUUUUGGGAGCUUUCUUUUCGUGCCUUGUUGGAAAGAAGCAGCCGUACUGAGAGCCCAGGUCGUUGUUUUUUCCAGCUUAGAAGCCAUGGCGCACCUCCAUUUUUGUGCGCUCUCCUAAUGAGGUUUUUUUUCUUCCGGACCCGUUUUAGGAUUAAUUGUUGCUGUAAUUUUUUGACCAGUUAACAUAUUUGAGGAUAAUUUUAUUUAUUUUUUGUUUUUUAACGGAGAAUUUUGUUUUUAUUUUUAAUUAUUUGGAUCUGAUAUUUUUCUACUACUAGAUAGGACUCUUGCUUUGGACCUACUACAUGGAUCAGUAAAUACCUGGGCACAGGACUUCAAAGCAAACACAGAUUCCCCCUCCCCCUUAAUAUUUAAGAAUUAAAAGAUGAUGAGAAAUAAGGACAAAAGCCAAGAGGAGGACAGUUCGCUACACAGCAAUGCAUCGAGUCAUUCGGCAUCUGAAGAAGCUUCGGGUUCAGACUCAGGCAGCCAGUCGGAGAGUGAGCAGGGCAGCGAUCCAGGAAGUGGACAUGGCAGCGAGUCAAACAGUAGUUCUGAAUCUUCGGAGAGUCAGUCAGAAUCUGAAAGUGAAUCGGGAGGUUCCAAAUCCCAGCCAGUUCUUCCAGAAGCCAAAGAGAAGCCAGCCUCUAAGAAGGAACGGAUAGCUGAUGUGAAGAAGCGUAGUCAUUGCUUAAUGAUGUGGGAAGAAUAUCCUGACGUUUAUGGGGUUAGGCGGUCAAACCGAAGCAGACAAGAACCAUCACGAUUUAAUAUUAAGGAGGAGGCAAGUAGCGGGUCUGAGAGUGGGAGCCCAAAAAGAAGAGGCCAGAGGCAGCUGAAAAAACAAGAAAAAUGGAAACGGGAACCCUCAGAAGAUGAACAGGAACAAGGCACCAGUGCAGAGAGCGAACCAGAGCAAAAAAAAGUGAAAGCCAGAAGACCUGUCCCCAGAAGAGCAAUGCCCAAACCUCGUGUUAAAAAACAACCUAAGACUCAGCGUGGAAAGAGGAAAAAGCAAGAUUCUUCUGAUGAUGAGGAUGAAGAUGAUGAAGCUCCCAAAAGGCAGACUCGCCGCAGAGCGGCUAAAAAUGUUAGUUAUAAAGAAGAUGAUGACUUUGAGACUGACUCAGAUGACCUCAUUGAAAUGACUGGAGAAGGAGUUGAUGAACAGCAGGAUAACAGUGAAACUAUUGAAAAGGUCUUAGAUUCAAGGCUGGGAAAGAAAGGAGCCACUGGAGCUUCUACUACUGUAUAUGCAGUUGAAGCUAACGGAGACCCUAGUGGCGACUUUGAACCUGAAAAGGAUGAAGGCGAAGUCCAGUACCUCAUCAAGUGGAAGGGCUGGUCGUAUAUCCAUAGCACGUGGGAGAGUGAAGAGUCCUUACAGCAGCAGAAAGUGAAGGGCCUAAAAAAACUAGAGAACUUCAAGAAGAAAGAGGAUGAAAUCAAGCAAUGGUUAGGGAAAGUUACUCCUGAAGAUGUGGAAUAUUUCAACUGCCAACAAGAGCUGGCCUCAGAGCUGAACAAACAGUAUCAGAUAGUAGAAAGAGUAAUAGCUGUGAAGACGAGCAAAUCUACACUGGGUCAAACAGAUUUUCCAGCUCACAGUCGGAAGCCGGCACCUUCCAACGAACCUGAAUAUCUAUGCAAAUGGAUGGGACUGCCCUAUUCAGAGUGCAGCUGGGAAGAUGAAGCCUUGAUUGGAAAGAAAUUCCAGAGCUGCAUCGACAGCUUCCAUAGUCGGAACAACUCAAAAACCAUCCCAACAAGAGAAUGCAAGGCCCUGAAGCAGAGACCACGAUUUGUGGCUUUAAAGAAACAGCCGGCAUAUUUAGGAGGAGAGAACCUGGAGCUCCGAGAUUAUCAGCUAGAAGGUCUCAACUGGCUUGCUCAUUCUUGGUGCAAAAGUAACAGUGUAAUCCUUGCUGAUGAAAUGGGCCUAGGAAAGACCAUCCAGACCAUAUCAUUCCUCUCCUACCUGUUUCAUCAACACCAGCUGUAUGGCCCCUUUCUUAUAGUCGUCCCUUUAUCCACCCUCACCUCAUGGCAGAGGGAGUUUGAAAUCUGGGCACCAGAGAUUAACGUAGUGGUUUACAUAGGUGACCUGAUGAGCAGAAAUACGAUACGAGAAUACGAAUGGAUUCACUGUCAGACCAAAAGGCUGAAGUUCAAUGCGCUUAUAACAACAUAUGAGAUCCUCUUAAAAGAUAAGACUGUGCUGGGCAGUAUUAACUGGGCCUUUCUGGGAGUGGACGAAGCCCAUCGGUUGAAGAAUGAUGACUCUUUAUUGUAUAAAACUCUGAUUGAUUUCAAGUCCAACCAUAGGCUCCUGAUUACGGGGACCCCUCUUCAGAAUUCCCUCAAAGAGCUCUGGUCCUUGCUGCACUUUAUUAUGCCGGAGAAGUUUGAGUUCUGGGAAGAUUUUGAGGAAGACCAUGGGAAAGGGAGAGAGAAUGGCUAUCAGAGUCUUCAUAAGGUGCUAGAGCCUUUCCUUCUCCGGAGAGUGAAAAAAGAUGUGGAGAAAUCCCUUCCUGCCAAAGUGGAACAGAUUCUCAGGGUGGAGAUGUCAGCCCUUCAGAAACAGUAUUACAAAUGGAUUCUGACUAGGAAUUACAAGGCUCUUGCCAAAGGAACAAGAGGCAGCACAUCUGGUUUCCUUAAUAUUGUGAUGGAACUGAAAAAGUGCUGCAACCACUGUUAUCUCAUUAAACCUCCCGAAGAAAAUGAAAGGGAAAAUGGACAGGAGAUUCUUCUGUCCUUGAUCAGGAGCAGUGGGAAGCUGAUUCUGUUAGAUAAACUGUUGACAAGACUUCGAGAAAGAGGGAACAGAGUCCUUAUCUUCUCUCAGAUGGUGAGAAUGUUGGAUAUCCUGGCUGAGUACCUGACUAUUAAGCACUAUCCUUUCCAGCGUCUGGAUGGUUCCAUCAAGGGAGAAAUCCGAAAACAGGCACUGGACCACUUCAAUGCAGAUGGGUCUGAGGACUUCUGUUUCCUGCUCUCGACAAGGGCUGGUGGCCUGGGAAUCAAUUUGGCUUCAGCGGACACAGUCGUCAUCUUUGAUUCUGACUGGAACCCCCAGAACGACUUGCAGGCACAAGCCCGAGCCCACAGAAUUGGUCAGAAGAAGCAGGUAAAUAUUUACCGCUUGGUUACAAAGGGGACCGUGGAGGAAGAGAUCAUAGAACGGGCCAAAAAGAAGAUGGUAUUGGACCAUCUGGUGAUUCAGCGCAUGGAUACCACUGGCCGGACAGUUCUGGAAAACAACUCUGGAAGGUCCAAUUCAAAUCCUUUUAAUAAAGAAGAGCUGACAGCGAUUUUGAAAUUUGGAGCGGAGGAUCUCUUCAAAGAACUUGAAGGGGAGGAAUCAGAGCCUCAGGAAAUGGAUAUAGAUGAAAUUUUGCGCUUGGCUGAAACCAGAGAGAAUGAAGUCUCAACAAGUGCAACAGAUGAGCUUCUGUCACAAUUUAAGGUUGCCAACUUCGCAACAAUGGAGGAUGAAGAAGAACUAGAAGAGCGUCCUCACAAGGACUGGGAUGAGAUCAUUCCAGAGGAACAAAGGAAGAAAGUAGAGGAGGAAGAGCGGCAGAAAGAGCUGGAAGAAAUUUAUAUGUUGCCUCGAAUUCGGAGUUCCACUAAAAAGGCUCAGACAAAUGACAGUGACUCUGAUACUGAGUCUAAGAGGCAGGCCCAGAGAUCCUCUGCCUCUGAGAGUGAGACAGAUGACUCUGAUGAUGACAAGAAGCCCAAGCGCAGAGGGCGCCCCCGAAGUGUGCGGAAGGACCUCGUGGAGGGAUUCACUGAUGCCGAGAUCCGGAGGUUCAUCAAGGCGUAUAAGAAGUUUGGUCUCCCUCUUGAACGGCUGGAGUGCAUAGCACGUGAUGCUGAGUUGGUAGAUAAGUCUGUGGCAGAUCUGAAGCGCCUAGGGGAAUUGAUUCACAACAGCUGUGUGUCAGCAAUGCAAGAAUACGAAGAACAGCUGAAAGAAAAUGCCAGCGAGGGGAAAGGACCAGGGAAAAAGAGAGGCCCAACUAUCAAGAUAUCUGGGGUUCAGGUUAAUGUGAAAUCUAUUAUCCAACAUGAAGAAGAGUUUGAGAUGCUGCAUAAAUCUAUCCCUGUAGACCCUGAAGAAAAAAAAAAAUACUGCUUAACCUGUCGUGUCAAAGCUGCACAUUUUGAUGUCGAGUGGGGAGUAGAGGAUGAUUCUCGCCUAUUGCUGGGAAUUUAUGAACACGGCUAUGGAAACUGGGAGCUAAUUAAAACGGAUCCAGAGCUUAAGUUAACUGACAAAAUCCUGCCAGUGGAGACAGAUAAAAAGCCCCAGGGAAAGCAGCUGCAGACCCGAGCGGACUACUUGCUGAAGCUGCUCAGGAAGAGUCUGGAGAAGGAGGGGGCCGUGACGGGCGGGGAAGAGGCCAAAUUAAAGAAGCGGAAGCCUCGAGUAAAGAAGGAAAACAAAGCACCGAGGCUGAAAGAUGAGCAUGGAAUUGAGUUUUCAUCUCCUAGACACUCCGAUAAUCCAUCAGAAGAGGGAGAAGUAAAGGAUGAUGGCUUAGAAAAAAGUCCAAUGAAAAAGAAACAGAAGAAGAAAGAGAACAAGGAGAACAAGGAGAAACAAAUGAGUUCUAGGAAAGACAAGGAAGGGGACAAGGAAAGGAAGAAAUCAAAAGAUAAGAAAGAGAAGCCUAAAGGUGGUGAUGCCAAAUCUUCAAGUAAAUCAAAGCGAUCUCAGGGUCCUGUCCAUAUUACAGCAGGAAGUGAACCUGUCCCCAUUGGAGAGGAUGAGGAUGAUGAUCUGGACCAGGAGACAUUCAGCAUAUGUAAGGAGAGGAUGAGGCCUGUGAAAAAGGCACUGAAACAGUUGGAUAAACCUGACAAGGGGCUGAGUGUACAGGAACAGCUGGAGCACACCCGGAACUGCCUGCUGAAAAUCGGGGACCGGAUAGCCGAGUGCCUUAAAGCUUACUCAGACCAGGAGCACAUCAAACUGUGGAGGAGGAACCUAUGGAUUUUUGUUUCCAAGUUUACAGAAUUUGAUGCUCGAAAAUUACAUAAGUUAUACAAGAUGGCUCACAAGAAAAGGUCUCAAGAAGAAGAGGAGCAGAAGAAGAAAGAUGAUGCGAUUGGUGGUAAGAAACCAUUUCGACCAGAGGCCUCGGGUUCAAGCCGGGAUUCCCUGAUGUCUCAGUCCCACACCCCACACAACCCUCACCCUCAGAAGCCUCAUUUGCCUGCCUCUCAUGGCCCACAGAUGCAUGGACACCCAAGAGAUAACUAUAGUCACCCCAACAAGAGACACUUCAGUAAUGCAGAUCGAGGCGACUGGCAGAGGGAAAGAAAGUUCAACUAUGGUGGUGGCAAUAACAAUCCACCCUGGGGUGGUGACAGGCACCAUCAGUAUGAGCAGCACUGGUACAAGGACCACCAUUAUGGGGACCGGCGACACAUGGACGCCCACCGUUCAGGGAGCUACCGACCCAACAACCUGUCCAGAAAGAGACCUUAUGACCAGUACAGCAGCGACCGAGACCACCGGGGACACAGGGAUUAUUAUGACCGGCACCAUCACGACUCCAAACGGAGGCGAUCCGAUGAAUUCAGGCCUCAAAAUUACCACCAGCAGGAUUUCCGACGAAUGUCUGAUCACCGCCCCCCUAUGGGCUACCACGGCCAGGGACCCUCGGACCAUCACCGCUCUUUCCACACAGACAAACUGGGGGAGUAUAAACAGCCCCUCCCCCCGCUGCACCCCGCAGUCUCAGAUCCUCGCUCGCCCCCUUCUCAGAAAUCUCCUCACGAUUCCAAGUCACCCCUGGAUCAUCGGUCUCCUUUGGAGAGAUCACUAGAACAGAAAAACAACCCAGAUUAUAACUGGAAUGUUAGAAAAACAUAAAGGACAGUUUGGAAAGAAGGGGAGUGCAAGAGUCAUUAAGCACCUGGAUGUUUUCGGUCUGAUCCACAGGAGCCAGUUAUCUAGACCAGUGAUGGCGUUUCUGGACACGCGGCUGCUGUCAGCUCGCCGCUGAAGGAGCACUGCAGGGAGUGGGGGGCCUUUCGCUUGGUCCAGCUUUGAUUUGGGUCACCACUCCCGCAUUUGGGCACCCCAUCCCAUUCCAGCCUCGUCCUGGCCUCCCACUUUGAUGGGUGCUAGGAGGAAGAGGUGACGUUUUGUCUACCAGCUUCAGGGGCUGUUCCCCAGUGAAGGAAGAAAGGACCUUAAGAGUCGUGAAUGUUUUAUCACCAGGGCUGGCGCGCCUGGACCUCGGCGCGUGGUCGGGGAAGGCGCGUGUGCAUGAAGGCUGCUGGGACCUGCUGGACAGCACGGGGUUUGGUUCACCAUGACGUGACCGAUGCUGCUGAUGGGGA